UAAGAAUUUUUUUGUUUGAUGCUUGUCAGUGAAUAGAAAUCGAAAAAUCAUCAAUUUUCAAGGUUGUACUUAAAAUGGAGGACGAGCUCAUCAUAGAAAAGCCUUUGCUAUCAAAAGUGGUAGAUACCGUUAAGACAAAAUACAGAUUCGUUGUGCUAUCACUGUUGAUACUGACCUUCCUCACCGAUCAAACUUCCAGUCAAGGGCUAGCACUGGCCAUGAUCGGUGGAAUGGCAAAGACAAACUGUACGAAUCCUUUAGACAAAGGGGAAUUCUGCUGGUCGGAAAGUACUAAAGCAGUGCUGUUGGGCUGCUACUUCUACGGAUAUUGUUUACAGGUCAUCCCUACAACAAUCGCUAAAAAGCUUGGUAUAAACUGGGCUUUUAGAAUUAUAGCAGUGGUUUCUGGAAUAAUUCAACUGACUUUUGCUACAACUGUCCAGUAUUCUGUAACUCUAGCUAUUAUUCUGCAGACAGUCAGGGGUUUUGGUGCAAGCAUUUUUAUGUCAGGCUUGAUGGAGUUUGCCACAAUCUGGUGCAUUGGAAAUGAGAGCAAAGCAUUCAUCUCAUUUGUUGGUAAGUUCAAGAUAAUAGAGAAACUGACCUUGUCUCACUAA